CUUUCAUAAAUUUAAUUUACACACAUUUUCACCUAAAGUGAGUGAAGUGAAAUACACCUUAUGUGGAAUGAGCCGUUACAAAAUUAUUUUAUUCAGAAGAAAAAAACCUAGUUCCAGUUACUUCUUUUGCUAGUCAUUAAUGAAUAUUUGCCCAUUGCUAUAUUAAUUGUUUAUAAUUUUCCAAAUACCUAUAUUACAUUUCCACCCCUCCUAAUAAUGAACACACAGUAUUAAUUUUCAACAUGUAUUAACCAUUUGUUAUUAUUUCAGGAACUUAUAUCAGACAUGCCGAAUAUUGAGGUCAGAAACCUGUGUCUGCGAUUAGCAGAAAGAGAGCCAGGAAUGGUGUUUGACUUGUGUGAGGCAAGUGCAUCACCAUCCCCUUACAGAUACCAUCCACCACCAGGACAGACCAGUCCAAGUUGGUGUAGGUGUGGCAAUUGCCGGGAGAUGCCAACAGAAAUCGAUAGGAAAGGCUGUGACAACCUUCCACGGAACUGCAUCUCCCAACAACCAGAAAUGGACAUCUUAGUACUGGAGGAGCAAGUUUUGAGACUUGCAUACACCUACAGAAAUGACAUUUUGGGACUCCACAAUUUGAUGCUGGAGGAUUAUAACAAGGCAAUGAGGCAUACAGCCUACAGACAGUUUGUAUUGUGGAGACAUGGUCGUCUGGGUGCUGGAGUCAGACGUGUUAUUCCAAGCUGCUGUGUUAUUCCAAGCUGCUAUGUUUGGAGAAUCAGAGAUAAAUUUCCAGACCCAUUUGGCACUCAUUGA